AUGCGUCCACUCACGGAUCACCAUCGCGUCAGUCGUGAGAAAUUGGCGUUUCUUGUGGAUUCCACGAGUGCACCGAUUGCCGGUCUCGCAUUUGUCAGCACUUGGAUCGGUUAUGAAGUGGGUCUCUUUGAAGAUAUCGCCAAAACAAUUGGUCUCGAACGCGAUGGGUAUUCCAUGUUCUUUGACGCGCUCAGUUUCCGGUUCUAUUGUAUCCUGACGAUUAUCUUUGUUAUCGUCAAUGCGAUCAGCGGCAGAGAUUACGGUGCGAUGUACAAAGCGGAAAGGCGUGCCCGGGAAACAGGAGAUGUCGCCGCCCCGGAUGCUAAAGCACUUGGACACACCUCAUCUUUCACCAGUCUACCAAAUGCUGUCACACAACCAUUCUCAGCAGUUUUACCGCUCUUAACGCUUUUCGGAUUGCUGCUGGGGGGUUUCUGGAUAGAUGGUGAGGGUACAGGGUCUAUUUUUCCCUAA